AUGAUGGUUUGCGUGACCUGCAAAGGCUUGCAAAAGCAUCUGAAAGCUGUUGGUGGUGUUCAAGAAACCGAGGCCGGCGCGCUGAAGUGGAUCGACUCUUCAUUACCGGAUCUUCGUGCAAGCGCCGCCAAUUGUCGCGCAUGCGCCCUACUCCUUCAGGGCAUUCUGCUGCACCACGAUCGCUUCAGAGACGUGAAGGAGAACGUCAUCCACAUCACCGCUCAAUCGUACAAAGCGCCGCAAGACCACCUCUCAGUCGAAGCAUGGUGGCACGACUCACGUGACGAUGACGUUCAGGAAGAAGACGAGCACGGACACACAGGCUGGCCGAAUCUGAAGCUGGAGUUCUUCACAGAUGGAGACGGUCAAUCCUCCUUUUCUGCGAUUGGGCGAGGUUGUCAGAUCUCGAGUCAGCCACUGCAGGAUACAGGUCUUGCAACGAUACAGGAUCUGUUGAAGACUUGCCUCUCAAGCCACUCGAAGUGUCGACAACCGAAGUCCACUACCCUGCCACGGAGAAUCCUGGACGUGCUAGGAGACGACAAGAAGAGCGUUCGUCUGCACGACUCCGACUUCAACAGUGCAGAGAAUAGAUACGAAUACGGGGAAUACAUUGCGUUUAGUCAUAUAUGGGGCGUGGCCAAGGCUCUGCCUAAGACGACAACACAGACACUACAGUCCCACAAGAAAGGCAUCCUAUGGACGACGUUACCACGGGCUUUACAGGAAGCAAUCGUGCUAACGAGAGCACUAGGCUUCAAAUACCUCUGGAUCGAUGCUUUGUGUCUCGUUCAGGAUGACGCCGCCUCUAAGCUUGAAGAAUCGAUGACUAUGGAUCAAAUCUUCGGCAACGCCUUCUUGACUAUUGCAGCGACCUCUGCGAUCGACAGCAGCAAAUAUCCACUAUUCCCUGCUCAAAUACAACCCUUCAAGCUCCAAGCAACCGACAAUAAGGGUUCUGCUUUUAAGAUAUACGUCAGAGAACAACCGAAUCACUACAGUUUCAAGGCACCAUUCGACGAAAGAGCCCACAUGAAUGACUGGGAACUACCUUUCAACAUUUCGGAUGAUGCCAACCAAGAUACACCAUUACUGAAACGAGCCUGGGCAUUCAUAGAGCGUCUGCUCUCACGCCGAAUACUACAUUUCACAAAAAGCGAAAUGAUCCUGGAAUGCAGGGAAGGAUAUCAUUGCGAGUGUGGACGAAUCGCAGAUCCAGCUCUCGACUCUAGAGCCACCGAUUCGAUCAAGCAGGAACUUGCGCGCAUCAUUGCUGAGACAGACAGGCGCCCCUCAUUUGACGGACGUGGCGACCAGAUGAACGGCAUCGAGAGCGUCACCUCCCAGUUUGCCUCUACGACCCUGACCAACGGAGCGAAAAACAUUUCUCAGAAGCGAGAAGAGGCGCUCCAGCUCUGGAGUUAUGUCAUCACGGAGUUCACAGCCCGGCAUCUUACCUAUGAUUCUGACAGGCUGCUGGCGGUAGCGAACAUCGCAAACCAACUGUCACCUGCUCUCCACUCUGGCUACGUAGCAGGUCAAUGGACGUUUAGCACAAUGGGGCUGCUUUGGUAUCCAAACGACAGCACUAGGUGCAGGCGAUCGAAACCUCUCGCUGGCCGUAUUGCCCCAAGCUGGUCUUGGGCAUCAGUCGAAGGCUCUCCUAUCUUCUUCGACACUACGUCGGCUAUGGAUCUUGCAUGCAGAGUAUCAUUCGCAUCAUCGGACGAAGAUGUUGCGAGUUGGUCUCCGUUGGCAGGGAAGACUAUCGAGCUGUCAGCAGCCAUGGCGACGGAAGUCACGUUCACUUCCACAGGAUCAGCAAGUAACCCUUCGUAUCAACUUUCAAGGAAUGGCAUUGUCGUCGAUUUCGCACCGGACAUCAUCUUACCCCGAGGGGAUGACUCAUUACGCAACGGCGAGAAGCUCAUAUGCGUGUUGGUCAGCAUGUCAUAUCGAUCCUCCAUCAUUGGUCUGGUGUUGCAACGCUCCAACAGUAGCGAUGUAUACCGCCGCGUUGGUCGACUCGAAUGUUACGAGUGCUUAAAGGAGGACAGUGAUGAGGAGAUGAGCGAAGAUGCUGAAGUACUCUUCGACCAUUGGUUCCCCGACGUCCAGGAUAUGUCUCAACUCGACAAUCAUCCACUACAGCGCUUCACUGUCGUUUAG